UCCUCUGAGCAGUCUUGAAUCAACUUGCUAUUUCUGGUUGGGUGAAAAUACUGCUAUUCCAACAUGUGUGAGGAAGUGACAGAGCUGCUGGCACUGACAGAAAAACUGGCAGAUCUGGAAACCAGGCUGAAGAACAGUGAAAACCAGAUUGCAGAGCUGAGGAACAAAGGGAGAACACAGGUGAUAUUCAGUGCUGAGGCUGGACCAAGAGGAGACAUUGGACCUUAUAACACAGAGACAACUUUCAUCUACCAAAGGGUGAUUACAAAUAUCGGAAAUGCCUAUAGUGGAGCCACAGGUAUCUUCUCUGCACCAGUUGCAGGUGUUUAUUACUUCACCAUCUUCCAUCACGCUGGAGGAAAGCCUGGGACAGAGCUGUAUCUCUACAAGAACAGCCAGCGCAUGGUCGUCACACAGGAUCACCCAGCAGUCCAUGAAACGGCUCAUAAUGGAGGAAACGCGGUGUUCCUGCAGCUGAAUCAAGGGGACCAAGUGUAUGUGCGCAUGAGUGCAAACACGCAUGUUUGGGGAUCCAACUACCACACAACUUUCAGUGGUUUUUUGGUCAGUCAAAUGUGAGAACAGACAACUACACAAAUAUUUACCACUCUGUUGGGAUAAAGAAUCAAAACUUGCAUACAUAUAUAUGUAAAAAAGUGUGUUACAAUUAGACUUUAAAAUCAACCAAAGGCCGUUGAGCUGAUUGUCAUGAAUCUUUAAUAAAGAUGAUGAAAAACAGACAGGUAGCUAAAAUGAAAGAAGAUAAUAUGGUAAUAUGGUUACACAAGACAACAGGAGGGAAACAGAGCGGGGAACAACACCAAAAACACAGGGAUCAACACAGACAAACUGUGACAAGGAACGAAGGGAAGCACACAGGUAUAUAUAAACAGAAAACUAAUCACGAGAACAAGACACAGCCUGAGUAGGUAGUCACGGGCAAAAGAGGUAAAUGGGGACUGGCCAACAACAAGGGUGUGGAAAGGUUUUAGAUUUUAUUGCAUGCAUGAUGUUUGUUUAGCCUUUUGUUUGUCGUGAUUUGGACAAAUAGUUGACCUGAUACAGUAGACACAUAGAAAUGGAAAAUGGAAUUAUCAAUGAAUUUUAUCUGAGAAAUGUGUUUAUGGAAACGAAAUGUGUGAACUUUGUCUAAGUAUUAAAAAGUAGUAAAAAACACA